AAUUCAACUUUUCCUGUCGACUCUCCGUACUCUCGGGUCUCAAUUGAGAUCUCGACAGCCGCUCUAAUAAUGGGCUUGCAAAAUCCCCAUUGCGUGGCUCACGCCAUGCAUUCUGCACGUUCAGCAACCUACCUUCGAGCGGCUCUCGUCCAACGCUCGGCUUCUCCCCUAUACCUCGCCGCCGGAGCUGUCCUGCCAACGCAUACGUAUCGACACCAAGUUACCCGAGGCUACGCAACUGAAGUUACUGAAGCUCAUCCCGCUGCCCCGGAGAUUGAUUUUAACAAGGUACUUGAGAGACGAUCCGCCCGCGUUGUUCCUGCAUCACCCUCCUAUUUCACUGGAAGCCCAAGGUUCUUUGAUCAUCUUUUGAGGCUCGAGAAUAUCCUGGCGAGGUAUGCAGCACUACCGACGGUGGCUCCAAACGAGGCACCCAGGAUGGCUUGGCUGAAGCUGCCGGCAUUCCGGGAAUUUGUUGGCGAACGGGUCCCGACAAAGAAGUACAAGGGCUUGAUUAAGGUGCUGCAGCGCCUUAACCGCAUCAAUCCCGAUAUUCUCCCCGAUGAGGUUCGGCGCGCACUGAAAGAUUUCCUCCGACCCGGAAAUCCAUACGGCACUCAGUCAAUAACGACUACGGUGGAUGAACUGGGUCGUGCCCGUGGAAAAGGAAAGCGAAAGGAAUCUUCUGCGGUCGUGUCUCUAGUGGAAGGGGAUGGAGAGGUCCGAGUCAACGGAAAAACCUUGGUCGAGGCGUUCCCUCGAGUGCAUGACCGAGAAAGCGCCACAUGGGCUUUGAGGUGUUCAAAUAGACUCGACAAGUACAAUGUAUGGGCUACUGUUAAGGGUGGAGGCACAACCGGACAGGCAGAGGCCCUCGCCUUGGCGCUCGGACGAGCAUUGAUGAUACACGAGCCCGCACUGAAGCCAAUUUUGCGAAGAGCUGGCGUUAUCACGGUGGAUGCGCGUCGCGUGGAGAGAAAGAAACCUGGCCAUGUCAAGGCACGCAAGUCUCCCACUUGGGUCAAGCGUUGA